UUCCCCUUUUUACCCACAGGAGGAGCCACCAUGACAUCAGAAAUGCAGGAAAUUGCCAUCACAGAGGAGAAGCCUUUACUCACGGGCCAGGCUGAUGCUGCCAAGGACACUGCUGAAUUGGCUGCCAGGAUACUUCUGGACCAAGGCCAGGAGCAUGUCGUGGAGACCCCGCAAGGCGUCCUGCGCGUCACCCUCCACGGAACGCGGACCACCCGCAGGCCCGCCAUCCUGACCUUCCACGACGCGGGUCUGGACAGUAAGAGCUGCUUCUCGCCUCUGUUUAAAUUCGAGGAGAUGCAGGAGAUCGUCAAGAACUUCACGCUGAUCCACAUCGACGCUCCGGGCCAGGAGGAGGGGGCCUCCGCCUACCCUCCGGGCUACCAGUACCCCUCCAUGGAGACCAUCGCAGAGAUGAUCCCCGCUGUGCUGCAGUUUUUCAACUUCCGGACCGUCAUCGGCGUGGGGGUGGGAGCGGGAGCUUACAUCCUCUCCAAGUUCACGCUGGCAAAUCCCGAUGCGGUGGAGGGUCUGGUUCUGAUUAACAUCGACACUAACGCUAAAGGAUGGAUGGACUGGGCCGCUCACAAGCUGAGUUCCGUGACUUCCUCCCUCACAGAGCAGAUCAUGUGUCACCUUUUCAGUCAGGAGGAGCUGUCCUCCAACACAGACUUGGUGCAGUCUCACAGAGAGCGCAUCUCCAAAGCGCCUAACCUGGCCAACAUCGAGCUCUUCUGGAAGAUGUACAACAGCCGCAGAGAUCUCAACCUGGACCGCAGCUACACCUUCAAGUGUCCAGUGAUGCUGGUGGUGGGCGACCAUGCUCCGUACGAAGACGCCGCCGUGGAGUGCAACAGCAAGCUGGACCCAACAUCAACUUCCUUCCUGAAGAUGGCUGACGCAGGCGGCCUCCCUCAGCUCACUCAGCCCGCUAAGCUCACUGAGGCUUUCAAAUAUUUCAUCCAAGGCAUGGGCUACAUGGCGUCCUCCUGCAUGACCCGCCUGUCCCGCUCCCGCACCACCUCGCUCUCCUCCUCCUACUCCAUGGACGGCUCCCGCUCCCGCUCGCGCACCCUGUCCCAGGGCUCGCAGGGGGGCCAGAUGCCGCCCAGCCCCUCCCAAACCAUGGAGGUGUCCUGCUGAAGAAGACCCGCGCGGGGCACGGCGCAGGGCCAGAGGGAGAGAGAGAGAGAGAGAGAGCGGCGAGCGAGCGAGCGAGAGGAGUGGAGGCGAAAGGUGAAGCAUCGACGCAAGGAACGAGACGAACGGCUUUCUCUUAUUUGUCACUAAACGGCUCCCAUCAUCCCCCCCCCCCCCCCCCCCCCCACCCAGCAAGAGCAGAGCAGACAGGGAGGCGAGAGAGAGGGAGAGGCGCAGACCAGGAAGCAGACCUCUCUCCCUCUGUCAGCCUGUAGAUCCCUUUAACCUAGAUCCAGAGUGCGGCAUGUAGAAGCUGCACUCUUCACAUUCACCAGUAGAAACACUUCAGGAUGCAAAGUUGAGGAUGACGAUGCUGAUGAUUAUGUUGCUGAUGAUGAUGAUGAUGAUGAUGAUGAUGUAAUGGUAAAAUAAAACUGUAACACUUUUCUCUUUAUUACAUAAUGAUUUUAAUAUAACAUAGAAUUAAAAAAAGACAUACUAUAGCAGAGAUACUUAUUACAAUGUGUGUGCCCACUACUUUUAAAGCUAGUUUUAGUGUUUUUUUUGUUUUUGUUUUUUUUUGUUCUUCUCUGAUUUGUAACCUGUCUCCACGGACGGCUGAAGCUACAGAUGGCGGUGCCGGCAAGCGAGAGCCGUUCUAGCAGCGACGCGUCCAUCUCAGAACAGUAGAACGUCUAUGGAAAAAUGACGUUUCAGUUGUCUGAUUACGUUGUAUGGGCUCAUUAAACACAGUUCUAUGUUUCAGGCAAAAUAUCUGCUUGUUUGGACGAUCGGGGCUUACAGUUCAUGGAGACCCAAAGAUUUUUAUUUCCCCGUGGGUCAGAGACGCGCAGGUUUUAAACGCAUAAAUAUCAGCUUAUGCACUCAGAACUUGUUCCGGGCUCCUUUUGCAUGAAUUACUGCAUCAGUGCGGCGUGGCACGGAGGCCUGUGGCUCUGCUGAGGUGUUCAGGAAGCCUGGGUUGCUUUGACAGCGGCCUCCGUACUGUUGGGUCUGCUGUCUCUCAUCUUCCUCUUCACAAUGUUCCUCUAUGAGGUUCAGGUCAAUCAAGCACAAAGACGUCCUGGUCAUUAAAGCAGGCAGGUGGCAGGUGGCAGGUCCUGCUGGGAAAUGAAAUCAGCAUCUCCUGGGUUAAAGGUACAGCCUUGCCUGACUGUGGGAACGUCAUACUGAAGCAUAAACAACGAGUCUAUGCUUUUCCGCUCUGGGUCAUAGAUAUCAAAAUAGGACUAAUGAACAGCUGUCCAAUCCUUUCCCCCCCUAGGCUAGACAGGACGCCCCUGAUACUGUUUCUGGUUCUACCCGUGUCCUGAGUGCGGGGCUCUCAGGCAGUCAGCCUGGUGUGACUCUCCUCCAAACUCCUAAAUGAGUUUUAGCUUCCAGUCCUCUCACCGCUGCAGUUGGGUCUCUUGGUUGUGCUUGUCUGUUUCUGACACAGUUUUUCCUUCCAUACAACUUUCCAUUGUUACAUUUGGAUACUGAACUGAUCCUUUUAUAUUGGUCUUAUUUAGUAUGCUAAUUAAGAAAAAUAAUUUUAGGUUUUCAUUAGCUGUAAGCCCCGGUUACCAAAGAUAACAGAAGUAAAUCCUUGAAAUAUAUUGCUCUGUGUGUAAUGAGUCUGUAUAAUAUAUUAUAGUUUUUGAGUUGAAUGACUAAAAUAAUUCUUUAAUGAUAUUCUAGUUUUAUUGAGAUGGAUGUGUCUUUCCUCCUUAGUGUUGCUAGUUUGUUUUUUUUUUGUCUUCCAUUCGCCCCGUUCCCGUCCUCUACGUUUUUAGUUUCCGUUUUAUUUUUUUAUUGGCUGUAAAGAGGAUGGCAGUAGGUUUUUUUUUUUUGUAAUUUAUUCUCCUGAAUCUGCAUGCCUGGUAUCCGCCCGUGUGAAUACUGACUGGAUAUGUUUCUUUCAUGUUCUGCUAACAUUAUAUGUGCGUGCUCGUAUGUGUGUCGUUUUGACUUUAGAACGAGAGUCGGACGGACGUUUGUUUGCUUCGGCUCAGCUCGGGCGUUGUCGUUAACACUAGUCGCACAUUCUAAGUAGUGCUUCCAACUUUUUGUGGCCGCGCGUUGGAACAUCCGUGGCGUCUGACGGGGCCAGAAGGGAUCACUGUGUUCACCGCCUGGGUUGUGGUUCUUGUUUUUGUUUUUGUUUCUUUGCUUUCAUCGACCUUACCUGUGUGUGGAUACCUCCAAAUAGACCCAGCCAGCAUACUUGAGGUGGGGAAAACAAACGCUCCCAAAUAAAGCAGCAGCUUUAUUUUAGCUGGACAGCUGCUUGUGUGUGUGCUUGUAGAGUGGAAGUAGACGGGAAGGGAGUGGGAGUGUCCAGUUAGCAGACUUAGCUGAGUAGGUGAGCUUUUAUUUUUUUUAGACUAAUGGGAGAAAAAAACCCAGCCCCUCCACUGCCAAAACAAGCCAAAAAAGCCAAACAAAAAAAAACACCUGAACCUUGAGCCAUCCCGUUACAGCUAGUAACUGCAUACUGCCAAAUUCCAGCGCCUAAAAACAAAUGGAGGCCAAAUUUUCUAAAUAAAUGUGCAACCUCUUCACCUCAUUUAACGGGUCUCAGUGACACACAUGUCCCUCUAAACGUUACAAAAAGCUGUCCACUGCCCUGCGAUGUGUUGCCAAAAGCCUGGCUGUAUUUGUGAAAUAACCUAUAUCUAUUUCUGUUUUUAAAAAAAAGGGGAUUGGAGUGAGUCAGGUGGUGGCAGCCGGUCUCCUGUUUGUGGGAUCCGGUUCUGUUAAAAGAGGCCGAGCCUGGAUGGAUGAGCAUGGCAGGGGAAGUCCGUAUAGACGGGGGUUACAGCGGAAGGAACGGGUUUCAUUUGAUCCACAAACAACGCGUCCUUUUCAGUGGAUGAUUUGUAACAGAAGAGAGAAGGUAACCUUCAUUGAGGGUAUGUUUAGUUUUGAGGCAGGUUCAGAUUUCAGUCAGACAGGGAGGAAAUGGACCAGAAGGAAUCGUGAAGGAAAAGAUCCCUACGGAAAGUCGAGGGGUGCUUCGUUUCUCUAGAGUUGAGCAGGGUUGCGUGAUUGUAAAUGCUUGUCCGCAUUGUCUUCUGUUUGUCUCUUCAUUUUUAUUUAAGUUUUUUUCCUCUUAUACAUUGUCUUUUCUUUUUUUUUCAAAUCUUUGUGAAGUGUUAGUUUAAUGUCCCGAUGUGCUCACAAGUUAGUUAACCGUGUGCUAGUUCUUGUGUAACUUUUUUAGCAUUAGCGCUUAUAAGGGAGAUUAAUAUAAUGAACAAUUAAAAGAUUAAAAGUAAACUGAAAUUUACUUGUGUGGCUAAUUUCCCUGUGUAAUACAGUAAACAUCCUUAAAAAAGCAGACUUAAAUAUCAAUAAAAGCUUAAAGAGGAACA